CGCGGCACGACGGCAGUCACACGCUCGCGUCCUUCCCGAACACAUUAAACACGUUAUAAUGGCUAUUUACAUCACAACCUUAGCCUAAAAUUAAAUUAUAAAAAAAACAAAAAAGGGCGGGAAAAAUUAUAUCAACAAAACGACACCGUGUUCCGAAUUAAAAAUAUGGCUAUUAAAUUUAAAAAAAUGUUGGCUUUAAUUUAUUAAACUUUUUUAUGUUAAUUUAUUUAAUUUAAAGAUAUGGCACAAUUUAAACGGGACUUUUGUGUGUUUAUAAGAAGACGCAUCUAUUUGAUAUCAUGGAUCUCAUUAAUUUUAUAUCUUUUUUACAAAUCUUUUAUAUAUUAUUUGAAUGGUCGCCAAUUCUUUUAUUUGAGGCGUAUUUUAGGGUUAGGCCUCUGCGUGUCGAGGGGGACGGCGACUGUUUUAAACCUAUGCUGUGCUCUAGUCUUGGUGCCAUUGUGUAAGAAGCUGAACCAACUGCUAUAUCGAGUGAUGUCCAAACUAUGUCCAGGGCUAUUUUUCUUCUGGCUGGAGCGAGCGAAAAGCUUUCACAUGACUGUUGCUAUCACCCUGGUGUUUUUUGCAGUCAUACAUUCCGUGUCGCAUUUCGUGAACCUGUGGAAUUUCUCGCGGAGUUACGACGAGGAAAGGAAGGAAAUUAAUAUGGCGAAUUACAAGAAUCAGAGCCCAUUACUCCUACUAAUGAGUAUAGCAGGCGUGACCGGUACUUCGAUGUUAAUCAUCGUGCUAUGCAUGGGUUUGACAUCCACCAGAUAUGUGAGACGCAGAGUGUACAAUGCGUUCUGGUACACCCAUCAACUGUAUCUACCUUUCAUGGUCUUGCUGAUGAUACAUCCAUUGAGUGGCAUUUUGAAACAAGAAGUUUUUGACGAAAACGUUGAUGUUAUUAGUGGAAUAAGUACAGCAAAUAUAUCAUCUCAAUAUAAGCCAACAUUUGCUCCUAUCAAGUCUAUGACAUGGCUAUGGAUGGCAUUACCUCUCAGCUGCUUUUUUUUAGACUUAAUGUGGAGGGUAUUUUCGAGAAACCUUGCAAGAGUUCGAAUAUUGAAUGUGAGUCACAUGGCUGGACGUACAAUAAGCCUGACACUAAGCUGUCCGCACGAGCAGUUCUUUUGUCGGAAGGGACAAUAUGUACUGAUGCAGUGCUUAGAAGUCUCCAUGCUAGAGUGGCAUCCAUUUACGGCGGUUGAGGUUCCUACACAAAGCCAAAGACUAUUUGUCAUAUGGAUAAAAGUUAAAGGGGACUGGACUGAGUGCUUAGAAAAAUUAUUAAACGAAAAAGGAAUUAACCUUACUAUUCUUAUAGAUGGUCCAUUUUCGAGUCCAAUGGAAGGUAUAUGCAAGGACAGAAUUGCGAUAUGUGUCGCUGCGGGCGUAGGAAUAACUCCGUUUGUUUCUAUACUCAGGGAUAUCCUUCAGAAUCCCAGAAGCAAGUUGCCGGGUAGAAUACAUUUGAUAUGGAUCGUAAGACACGAAUCCGAACUAAUAUGGAUUGCGAAAUUAGCCAACGAAACUAUAAUGCAAUUGAGAAACGCAAACAGACCGGACAAGUUGCAUCUAGAAUUAUAUGUUACAAAUACAAAUGACAAUAAAAAUGAAAGAAAUGAUAAAAAUAAUACCGUCAUUCACGUCGUAGUCAAUGAGAAUGGAAAUCUUAGUCACGUCAUAGAUAGGACAGAUAAUGAGAAAACAACACUUUUAACGCCGAAUAUGAAAAGAAAUGGCUGUGUUUUAAGUGAUAACUUAAAUGUGGAUAAAAGUGAUAAUGUACUCGGCAGAUGUGAUAUUGCAAAGGUGUAUCCGCUGAUUGGAUGCAGAGUUAAAAGAGGCAGACCGCAUUGGGAUCGCGUUUUUGGAUAUUGGAUUCAUUUAUAUCCAGAGGAACAUUUAAACCUCUAUUGCUGUGGACCAAAGAAACUAGUUCAACUAUUAAGGAGCAAGUGUAAAUAUUAUUCCUCGAGAUUAACAAAGACGCGCUUUACGUUCAUCCACGAGGGUUUCUCCUAAUUUAUUGAAAUAUGUAUUUAAGUAUGGACUGAUAUUAAAUACGAAAGUA